GGAGCUGCUGAUCCAGGCAAACAUGGAAUGCAGAUGGGUUGAAAAAUCAGGAGCUGAAUGAACAUGCCAAACUGAUGAUUGAAUAGCUGAAAAUGGAUGUAAAUGAACUCAAAAUUCCAACUUGCGAUGUGAGAUGGAAAUGGAAUAAAGGUCCUGUUCCUCUACCGGGCAAGAGAAAGUCCUCACAGAUCCGUCGAAUUCUCGCUGUCUGGAGUGCAUUUCUUAAUCUUGUUGACUAUUGUGAGGAUUCCAUGAGUUGUAAGGAUGCCCAGAUGCAAACUAAGUGAAGGUUCUAGGGAAGUUUGUCACUAUAUUAGCGUUAUUGUCAUUUAACUUCAAUUGGGAAUUCUUUGAUUGUCUCAGACCAUAGAAAGGUGGAGUCGAGGCAGUAUCGAGACAUCCAAAAGAAGUGGAGUUCCUUCUAUGCUGGGUGGUCUUUGUCGGAGAAUGAUCUUUAUUCAGUCAUGGAAAUGCUCUUGGUCUUCGGUAGCAGCAAUUGGUUCUUUGAUUGUAUUACUUUCACUAGUGCAUAUGUUCAUGGGGCCGCUUUUUCCUUCUUCUUUUGAUUACAUUGGUGCUCGGCAAGCACAAAUUUCUUGUUCUGAAAACAAUGCCACAAUCCAUGAUGGAACUGAGAAAUUCAAUGCCAGUUCAGGGCCAGAGAUUGACUUCAAUGUACAGUUUCCAGCUGACUCUCAUGGGGCAGUUGCCCACCGUGGUGCCCCAUGGAAGGCUGGGGUUGGGAGGUGGUUUUCUGGUUGUGGUUCAGUUUCCGAGGAGAUUGAUAUUGUAGAGAUUAUCAAUGGCAAAGGUUGCAAGGAUAACUGUAAUGGUCAAGGUGUAUGUAACCGCGAGUUUGGGCAAUGCAGGUGCUUUCAUGGAUAUUCUGGCGAAGGAUGCUCUGAGAUUGUGCACUUUGACUGUAAUUACCCAGCAAUCCCUGAUCUGCCUUAUGGGCCAUGGAUAGUUUCAAUCUGCCCUGCUUACUGUGAUAAGACCCGAGCAAUGUGUUUUUGUGGACAAGGAACAAAAUAUCCAAAUCGUCCUCUAGCAGAAGGAUGUGGUUUUAAGACAAUGCUACCUACCGAACCUGGAGGUCCAAUGGUUACGGACUGGGGUAAAAUCGAUGAGGAUGUUUUCACAACCAAUAGUAGUAAACCUGGUUGGUGUAAUGUAGAUCCAAAGGAGGCAUAUUCUUCAAAAACGAAAUUUAAAGAGGAGUGUCAUUGCAAGUAUGACGGUCUUUGGGGCCAAUUUUGUGAGAUACCAACAAUAUCUAGUUGUGUCAGCCAGUGUUCUGAGAAUGGACAUUGCCGUGGUGGUUCCUGUGAGUGUGAAAGUGGUUGGUAUGGAAUAGAUUGCAGCAUCCCGUCAGCCAUAGCACCCAUGCAAGAAUGGCCUGCAUGGCUUCGACCAUCAACAGUUGAGUUACCUGAUAGAGUCCAUUUGACUAGUAAUUCUAUGAGCGUUAAAGCUGUGGUGAAAAAGAAGAGGCCCCUUAUUUAUGUUUAUGAGUUGCCACCAGAGUUCAACAGUCAUCUUCUUGAGGGUCGGCAUUUCAAAUUUGAAUGUGUAAACCGAAUUUACAAUGAAGUGAACAGAACAUUGUGGACUGAACAGUUAUAUGGAUCACAGAUGGCACUUUAUGAGAGCAUCCUAGCAAGUCCUCAUCGUACAAUGAAUGGUGAUGAAGCAGACUUUUUCUUUGUUCCUGCUCUUGACUCAUGCUUGAUAACGCGGGCAUAUGAUGCACCGCACUUGAGCAAACGGGAGCAUAUGGGUAUGCGGAGCCUUCUAACUUUGGAUUAUUAUAAGAAGGCUUAUGAACACAUAAUGUAUCGUUAUCCAUACUGGAAUGAAUCCUCUGGAAGGGACCAUAUUUGGUUUUUUUCAUGGGAUGAAGGUGCUUGCUAUGCUCCGAAAGAAAUUUGGAAUAGCAUGAUGCUGGUCCACUGGGGAAACACAAAUUCAAAACAUAAUCACUCGACUACUGCCUACUGGGCCGAUAACUGGGAUAGUAUUCCUCCUCAUAAAAGAGGCAAUCACUCAUGCUUUGACCCGGAGAAGGAUCUUGUUCUUCCAGCAUGGAAGAGGCCUGAACCAGGUGCAGUGUGGUUGAAACUUUGGGCCAGGCCGAGGGAAGAGCGAACGACACUUUUCUAUUUCAAUGGAAACUUGGGGCCUGCUUAUGAAAACGGUCGGCCAGAGGAUACGUACAGUAUGGGUAUUAGACAGAAAUUAGCUGAGGAAUUCGGUUCUACUCCAAAUAAUCAGGGAAAACUUGGGAGACAGCAUACGAGUAAUGUAACAGUAACUCCAUUGCGCUCUUCUCGUUACUACGAUGAACUGGCGAGCUCUAUUUUUUGUGGUGUUCUGCCUGGGGACGGUUGGAGUGGACGUAUGGAAGAUAGCAUUCUUCAAGGGUGUAUCCCGGUGAUCAUUCAGGAUGGAAUCUUUCUGCCGUAUGAGAAUGUUCUUAACUACAAAAGCUUUGCAGUUCGAAUCCGUGAAGAUGAGAUACCAAACUUGAUUCGAAUUCUCAAGAGUAUAAAUGAGACAGAAAUAGAAUUCAUGCUGGGAAACGUUCGCAAGAUUUGGCAGAGAUUCGUUUAUCGUGAUUCUGUUUUACUUGAGGCUCAGAGACAGAAGACUUUGUUCGACAAAGAGGAUGCUUGGGCAGUUGAAUACUCAAAACUGGAAGAAGAUGAUGUAUUUGCCACAUUUAUACAGGUAUUACACUAUAAAUUGCACAAUGAUCCUUGGAGACGGGAUCUUCCUCGAAAAAACAAUACCGGGUUACCAAAUUCUUGCUUGAAAACAGCUUAGCAAAAGCAUUUACCAAAGUAGAUGAUAGGGAUACCAUUCACCUUUCUUCUCUCUUGUAACAUCUUGAGUUUUGCCAAACAGUUUUGAUAGUUGGAAAUUUAAAUUGAUUUAUCUCAGUGACCAUACAAAUAAAAUCAAGCUAGCCUUAAGAUUGA